AUGACUGAGUUUGGAGAAUUCAUAAGUGCUCUGGGGGCAUUUGGGCUGUACCAGAAAUUGCUGGUAGUGUUAAUUUCCAUCUCCCUAUUUCUUAGCCCUUUCCAAACGAUUGGCCAAGUGUUCAUGGUUCUGGAUGAGCCUCAUCACUGCAACACCAGCUGGAUCUGUGCCAUUGCCCCCAACCUGACGGAGGAAGAGCAGCUGAACCUCACCCUGCCCCGGGAUGCGGAUGGGGGGUACGAGCAGUGCUCCAUGUACUCACCGGUGGACUGGGACCUCGACUCCAUUGUGGCUUAUGGCCUGAACACCACGGAGAAGUGCAGCAAUGGCUGGGUGUACCCCUCAGCACAAGCACCAUCCCUGCUGACCGAGUUUGACCUGGUGUGUGACAGGAAGGACCUGAAUGACAUCUCCCAGUCCAUCUACAUGCUGGGGAUGUUCCUAGGAUCCAUCAUCUUUGGGCCACUGAGUGACAGAAUAGGCCGUCGGCCUGUAUUUCUGAUCUGCCUGCUCAUCCAUGGCUUGAUUGGCGUAGGAAUCGCCUUUGUGCCCCAUUUCUAUGUGUACAUGGCCUUCAGAUGUGUCGUGGGGGCUGCAGAGGCAGGAAUUCUGAUUAUUGCCUUGGCGCUGGUUACAGAAUGGGUCGGUGUCUCCUAUCGGUCAAAGGCAGUGCUUAUUACUCACUGCUGCUUCGCCAUCGGUCAGAUGAUUCUGGCUGGCCUGGCUUAUGGUAUUCGCAACUGGAGGCUGCUGCAGAUUGCAGGAACUGCUCCUGUGUUUGCUCUUUUCUUCUACAUCUGGGUGCUCCCAGAGUCCGCUCGGUGGCUGGUGAUAAAAGGCAGGAUAGAAGAAGCUAAGAAGCUCCUUCAGAAGGCAGCAGCCAUCAACAAGCGCACCCUCCCACCGGAGCUCCUGGAGCAGCUGAAGCCCGAGACUCAGCCCAAGCCUGGAAGCACCCUGGAUCUCUUUCGGAAGAAGCACCUGCGGAAGGUGACUUUAAUCAUGACCUGCACCUGGUUUGCAGACAGCCUUGUCUACUAUGGGCUGAGCCUUAACGUGUCAGGUUUUGGUCUGAACGUCUACCUGACCCAGCUUGCCUUUGGAGGGGUAGAGUUACCAGCUCGAAUUUCCUGCAUUUUCCUGCUGCAGUGGUUUGGGAGGAAGAAAACCCAGGCUGCUGUCCUGCUGCUGUCUGGCCUGAUGUGUCUUGUCAUCACUGGCAUCCCUGAAGACCAGCCCGUGGUGACCACCGUCCUGGCCAUCAUCGGCAAGUUUACAUCCACAGCCUCCUUCUCCACCUCUUAUGUCUACUCUGCAGAGCUCUUCCCCACGGUCGUCAGGUGA